AUGUCGCGCCGCAGGGACAAGCGCCCAAUGCUGCUGGAGGCUGGAAGAUGGGUCGGAAGGACCUGCAUCGAAGUGGAAGUGCAAGCCUCUGAUGGCCAGCGUGUGCGCAAGGAACAACAGCAGCUGCUGGAGGAACUAACACAGGCCGAAAAGGAGGACGGCUUCGAGGCGGCGCGGACAUUGCUGGAACGGAGGUCUUCAACAGUCAGUGCAGGUGCGCUGGCUCGUGCGCACUUGGAAUUGGCCGAACGAGCCAAGCGUGCCUCCAGUUUGGAGCAGGUGAAGUAUCACAUGCUGCAAGCCUUGAAGGUUCAACCUCGGGCGGCACAGGAAUGA